CAUAUGCAAAUAAAUCAAUAGAUUAUUAAUAAUUACUAUCUUAAAGUUUUUUAUGUAUAAAUAGAAAAAUAGGGGAUAUAUUGGAUGAAGUCUUUUAGACAAUGUCCAUAUAUUUUUGUUAUUAUAUUAUCUAAAUAUAGCUGCAAUCUCAUUGGUCCAAACAGUAGACAACGGAACGUUUUGGGUGUAGUAUCAUAUUCACUGGCUGAAGACUUAAUUCUUGUUAGAAAUACUUUUUACGCUAUUUGCGUAUAUCUAGCAUUAAGUGAUUGUAAAGAAGUCCUUGAUAAGUUUCCGGAGGCAAAAAGUGGACAAUAUGAGAUAAAACUUUGGACAUCUGGGAAGACUCUGACUGUGAAUUGUGACAUGGAAACCGAAGGCGGAGGUUGGACGAUAUUUCACAGGCGAAUGGACGGGUCAGUGGACUUUUAUCGCAACUUUACAGACUAUGAGAAUGGCUUUGGGAACGUUAAAGGAGAGCUGUGGCUUGGUCUAAAGUAUAUACAAGAAAUAGCUGGACAAGGUUCUACAGAGAUUCGUCUUGACAUGACAAGCAGUGAUAGUAGAACAGGACAUGAAACUUGUCCAGACUUUAAGUUAACGGAAGGAACAAAAUAUACACUUAACAUUGGGUCCUGUUCAGGUGUUGGGAUAGAAAGUAAUAUAUUUAUGCUUCUUUUUUAUUACAUUUUUGUUUACAUGUACUUAGCUAAAUGAAAGCACAACCGAUAUAAAACCAAUAAAAAAGUAAGCGGUUGACAGAAGGUACAGUAUGUUGCAAAUAUCAAUUCAUUUU